AUGACUGCUAUUCCGGCUUUUGUGGCUGACAAAGUGAAUCGGAAGAUGGACUACAUUACAUCCAACAUGCGUACCAACUACAACGCCCUCCGUUGUCACAUACCUGCGAAUAUAAUAUUCCUUCGACGCGAUCUCCGAGAACUUUGGGAGACGAAUCGCUUAUUGAUGAUACCCCAUCCUAAUCACUUGGAGAAGCUUGAGCAUGGCAUUAUAUACAAAUAUUGCGUCAUCGUAGAGGACGAACACCCUCCAGACUCAUGUACAACCAUGGGUCAAUCCAUAACACCUUCCAUCAUGACGGCUCCUUGCUCAUAUCGAUCGCUCGGAUGGCAUGAGCUGAAUGCCAAUCUCCGUCUGAUGAUGUUUCGAGCUGGUCAGAAAUUGAGCAAGCGACCACUGCACUACCAACAUGUCUUGCGGGAAGUACUACCAAACAAGGAAGUCAACCAUGCAUACAGCAUAGUCUGGCGGUAUGGGUCGUGGACUGACCCCCUGUCUCGCGAGAUGGUGGCCGACAGGCGGUUGUGGGCAACGGGCGAGCUCUCAGCCUGCCCUGAUGGUUACUACGACUGGCCCGAGAAGCAGUACUGUUCUCCCUUGUUGGAUGACGACACUGUCCGCUUUCCUCGCCCAUUUCGGCCAAUCGUCUCAGGGAUUAAGAGGAAACGUUCUGGCGACACCAGCAUUGCGAUCACGCUCGAGACGAGUGGACAAUGGAACCGCCUGCGGAACCUGAGGACACAGCGAUACUCGCUUAUCGACAGGAGGAAGCCGGAGUAUGUUGAACCUGCGUUCAUCUUGUUCCGCUUACUGACGUUUGGCACACAAGUCCUAGUUCCUCAGAAAUGGUGGCCUCUGUGGCUCAGCCUUCUCGUAAGCUGCGGCGGAGUUGAGUCCGUCCUCGUCAUUAUCCUAUGCGCGAGCAAUGCUGACUGUCACCUCCAUCAAUUUAGUGUCCUCUCAGUCAUUGAUCUCGUGACCGGACCAGCAGACCACCUUGGGACACAGAACAGUGACGAAUCGUUCCAGAUACCAUCCGUGAAUGAUGCGCCCAUAUACACAAGUAUUCUGGCAUUGUCUCCCUGUAUAAAGAGCGAUGAUUUUGUGAUUCCGGGACACGAGUAUGAUCGCCCAUUGCGCAGCGUAGGGCUGUCCACAAGGAUUCUCACGCUCAGCUACAGGGCGCCUUUCCCUGGUCCUCGUACUACAGCAAUGCAGGAUGAUGCGCUCAUGGAGACGGAGGACAGUGUAUGCUUGGAGGCCGCCAAGGACAAGGAGACGGUUGGCGACUUCUAA